AUGCAAACUGGUAGCAAUCACACAUUAAAAUGUCCAUAUAACGAAUGGGAUAAUCCACCUUAUCGAACCAAAGCUGUAUAUCGUUACGAUGGUAAUUGGGAUCGAAUUGCUCGUAUUUCCGAUCGUACAAUGUGCAUGUCAAUUCGACAAGGUGAUAUUGAUCCGAAAACAGGUCAACCAAAGUAUCGUCAUUAUGAUGUACACAGUUUGUAUGGAUGGAGUCAAACGAAGCCAACAUUAGAUGCAAUGCGAUUAAUAACUGGUAAACGAAGUUUAGUUUUGCCUCGAUCGACUUUUGUUGGUUCGGGUCAAUGGAGUGGUCAUUGGCUAGGAGAUAAUGAUGCAACAUGGGAUGAAAUGAAACGAUCAUUAAUUGGUAUGAUUGAAUUCAAUUGGUUUGGCAUUCCAUUUAAUGGUGCUGAUAUAUGCGGAUUCGGUGGAAUACCAAGUGAAGAAAUGUGUAUUCGUUGGAUGCAAGUUGGUGCUUUCUAUCCAUUUUCUCGAAAUCAUAAUGUUCGAGAUACACCAGAUCAAGAUCCAGCAUCAUGGCCUACAUCAGCUGUGGCUAUUAUGGUUUCCACACUUCGUAUUCGUUAUACUCUACUUCCUUAUUAUUAUACACUUUUCUACAAAGCACAUACACAAGGUUCAACAGUAAUUCGACCACUAUUUCAUGAAUAUCCGACAGAUAAAGUUACAUUAGAUAUAUUUCUUCAAUUUCUCAUCGGAUCAUAUAUUAUGAUAGCACCUGUGACUGAUGAAAAUGCUCGACAAGUUCAAGUUUAUAUUCCAUCAUCACCAUGGUACAAUUAUUAUACGGGUGUAAGGAUUCCGGCAAAUAAACAAUCGAUAUCAAUGGAAGCACCUUUAGAUACAAUUCCUAUUUUGCUUAAAGGUGGAGCUAUUGUGCCAACACAAGGCUUUGCUAACAAUACAAAAUUUUCAAGAGAACAAUCAUUUGGUCUCACCAUUGUGAUUGAUUCUAAUGGAAACGCUGACGGUGAUCUAUUCUAUGAUGAUGGUGAAUCAAUCGAUACAAUUUCUUCGAAAACUUAUUUUUAUGCGACAUUCAAUUGGUCAUCAAGAGAUGGUCAAUUAACGAUGAAUGUUGUUCAAAAUAGCUAUCCACAUAUGUCAAAUUUGAUUCUGGACUCGUUGACUUUCUAUGGACUCGAUCUAAUAUCAACUACGAUUCAUGUUAAAGGAAAACAAUUCCAUCCAGCUGUACGACCUAAUACAAACAUAGUUGAAGUCACUGGUUUAGGAUUGUCGAUGGGUGAAAAUCAUAUUUUUACAAGCAAAGGCAUGGCUAUUUUCGUCCCUCACUAUUUACUUUUCAUGUGCUUUACUCUCUGGGCUAUACGAGGUCUUUUGAUCGAGCAUUGA